AUGAAGUUCCUGCUCGUUCUGAUGCUGGUGCUGAUGGCUCUGUCAGCUCAAGCGAGCUUCAUUAAGAAACAGGCAGAGGUGCGUGCCAAACGCUGGGUAAAAAAUGCUCCGUCGGGUUCUAAUUCUGACGAAAGAUUCGGGACUGAUGACGAUGGCGAUCUCACAUUCAACGAAAUUUACGAUUUAUCAUAUCGGCUUGCAUCUUUUCUAAACGACAAUGAAAUUCAUCAAGGAGAUAACAUUCUUGUCAUACUUCCAAACUGCUCUUGGUAUCCUAUCAUAUUUCUGGGCGGCGCUCUGAUUGGCUGCACUUUGACGGGCAUUUCUGAAGAGUCCACUGCUGAGGAAAUACGGUAUACUGCAAGAAAAUGUGACGCUGCUGCGGUCGUAUGUCAAGAGAAAGAUGUAUCGAAAAUAGGUGAAGCUAUCGAGAAAGACAAGAUUUUCAUAAUUUGUACUUCCGAAAGUGUGGAUGACACAAACUUACCUAUGAUCAGUCGCGAUUUGCCUGCCUAUGACGAAAAGUUUCUGGAAUUUUUGAAAGAAAUACCGAUUGAACUCGACGAUACUAUUCUGAUGCCACUUUCGAGCGGAACCGGUGGUCUACCGAAAUGUGUAUUGCUAACCCAUCGGAACUACAGCUCAGCAACUGCCAUAUUAAAGAAGGCAUUGUUCGACGAGCUGGUAUCUGAAUGUAGACGAAAAACUAUUGCGGUUCUGCCAUUCUACCAUGCUUCUGGAUUUUGGGCUCUACUUUAUUGUCUCUUGGAAGGAUGUCAUAUGAUUAUUAUGAAGACAUUCCAUCCAGUCACAAUGUUGGAGUAUGUACAGAUAUAUGAGGUGGACACUCUUAAUCUGGUACCUUCUAUUGUAUCAUUUCUAUGUCGCGUGGAGACGGAAGGUUAUGAUGUAUCUUCACUGCGUAAUGUACUAUGUGGCUCAAGCUCACUGGGAAAAGAACUUAGCGAAAAAUUUCUGAACAGAUUUCCAUCAGUGAAGAACUUGAUCCAAGGCUAUGGAAUGACAGAAAUUGUGGUCCUUAGCCAUAUUACACCGCUUGGACUACUUGAUGACAAGCAUUUGGGUAGCUGUGGGAAACUACUUCCAGGCUUUGAGGCCAAACUGAUAAACGAGACGGGAGAAACUAUAAAAGAACCAAACAAAACUGGCGAACUCUUUAUCAGGUCUCCCACUGUAAUGCUUGGCUAUUUUAACAUGACCUGUGAAGAGGAGAACGUCAUCGAUGAGGAAGCAUGGUUGAGAACUGGGGACCUUAUGUACUACGAUGUUGAUGGCUUUUACUACGUAAUAGGUCGCGUGAAGGAUCUCAUAAAAGUCAACGGCAUACAGGUUUCGCCAUCAGAGCUGGAGGACGUCAUUCUAACACAUCCAUCUGUCAAAGAGGCCGCAGUAAUUGGCAUCGAUCACCCCGAGAGCGGUCAAGUUCCGAAAGCUUUUGUUGUACUAGAAGAUGGAGCCGAUCAACAGUUGACCAUCUUGAAAAUAAGAGCCCUCGUCACUCAGAAACUUUCUCCAACGAAACAAUUGCGUGGUGGUGUUCAAAUCUGUGCUGAAUUGCCGAAAACUAGUAGUGGUAAGAUUAAGCGAAGCGAGUUACGCAAACUUGCGACCUCCUGA